AUGAAAAGAAACAUGUGCAGCAGCUCGAGCAUAGUUACAAUGCCAAAGGGCGAGUAUUUGGUGAAAUGCUUAGAGCUCAAAGGUCCAUGCAAAGGUCUAGUCACUUUAGAAAUGAAUGGCAAUCUAAAAGCUCCCGCUACGGCCACUACCGGUAAAAAAAUUACAGAUUUCACUUUGAAUGGAAUGGAGCCAUUUCUGACGGUCGAUGACUGCGCCAAAACUGGCAAAUGCUACACUCUAGCCAUCGUAAGGACUGACAGUUAG